UAAUUAUACGGGCAAUACUGGCAAUGAAGGUAGAUCCUUCUACAAGUGGAACUCAAAAGAAGAAGGGAGGAAGACCAAAGGGUAGUAGGAAUCAUAAAGUAGAGGAUGGAGAUGAUCAACGUGAUGACCCCAAUUACUACCCAAGUACCUAAUUGGGCAUUGAAUUUGUGUAUGAGUAACGAAAGUAACAAAAAGAAAUUUUCAAAGAAGUCUGAGAUACAGAUUCUGAUUUUUACAAUUUCCGAGUAUUCUAAAUACUAUGUUUUUUAAAAAUUUGCAUUUUUCAUUAUGUACAUUCGUAUUUAUAAAGAACUUUGGGAAUCUGAUUAGUUU